AGUCAUUUAUUAGAAGUGACCGAUGAAUACGGCUGAGUCUGAAGGGAAAAAAAAUAGGGAUAAGCGGCUUGGAAAAUGGAUGAAAUGACUUUUUUUGUGUUGUUGUUGUUGUUGUUGUUUUCGUCUAACGUUGGACUUCCGGGUUGUUCCUGCGCCUCUCGACGUGCUGACGUCGCAUCUAAGCCCCUCCCCCGAUCGGCUUUGACGCACCAGUCACGUCUGGUCGUAAAAAAUAGAAACUUCCAAGAUGGCCGAGGCCGUGGACUCCAUGCAUUUCGCAGCGAACAGCCAAACAAAUUCCCCCCAAGCGCUGUUAGCUAAACGGCCGCCGGAGAGCCGACCGCAGUCUUCCAGCGACGUUUCCCCGCCGCCAAAGAAGGUUCGCGUGGAGGAGAAGCGGCCCAAGCACCGGAAAGUCAACGGAGAGGUGUGCGCAGGGGAAAAACACAACGGGAAACCGAGUUGUGGGAGCCCAGCGAAAUGGAGUUUCGGGCCGGCCAAGGCGAGCCACUCCGCGGCGGUGCCAGGAGCCGCGACUCCCGCCCGGAAAAUCUUCAAAAUAAGCAACUUCCUCGCCUCGCCGUCCAAAGAGAAACGCGCGAAGGACAAGCGACACAGGGAGAAAAGCGGCGAAGCGCAGCGCGGUUCGGCCGCGGCUGUGGAGAAAGUCAGCCCCGCUAGCUGCCAUACAAAGCCCGAGAACGGCGAGGUGAAGACGCCGCACGGAGAUCACGGCGGCAAGGACAAGGAGCGGGACGGCAAGAAGGACCGGAGCGGCAAAGAGUGGAAAAACCACAAAGUGCCGCCGGAACGGGACGUUUCAAAGGAAAACGGACAAGUGGGCUUCCCUCCUCACAGAGAGCCCACAGAGAAGCCCAAAGUCUGUUCCCAAGAAGACCUCUUGCUCAAAAAGCUCAAGAAAAAGAAGAAAAAGAAGCACAAAGACGGCGAGCGAGCCAAAGAGCGGCACGGCCGGCCCAAAAUGUACCAUCGCUCGUGCCAGACUGUUUAUUCCGGAGUCUCUCUGGGAUUGGCCGAGUUCCUCAGCCGAAUUAACGGCAACAGCGGCGGCGGCGGCGGGGGGCUGCAUCGCGUCGCGCACCACCAGGACCCUCUUUCCGUCCCCGCCAUGGUCAGGGACAGACUGGGCUACAGCUCGCCGCUCCACUGCACGCCCACGCCCAGUCUUCCCGGUCUGGAGUUCGGUCACCUGAUCCACGUGGAAACGCAGGCCAACGGCGGCGCGUCGGUGGCGCACGCCUACAGCGAGCAGCUCUCGGCCCUGUCGCCGGCCGAGAUGCAGCGCUUCGCCCAGGAGUUCGUCACCCUGUCGUUCAGCGAGGACGACGCCCAGGCGGCGCGUUUCGUCAUGGGCAUCAUCCACGGAGCGGCGUCCUACCUCCCGGACUUCCUGGACUACUUCUCCUACAAGUUCCCCAACGCCCCGGUCAAGAUGGAGGUGCUCGGCAAGAAGGACAUCGAGACAACCACCAUGGCCAACUUUCACACUCAGGUGAAGCGGACUUACUCCCAGGGAACGUACCGGGCCGGGGCCAUGCGGCAAGUCAGCCUGGUGGGCGCCGUGGACGAGGAGGUCGGGGACUACUUCCCCGAGUUCAUCCGCAUGUUGGAGGAUUCUCCCUUUUUGGCGCGGACUCUGCCUUGGGGAAGCUUCUCCAGCCUUCGGUUGCAGAGCCCCACAGAGAGCGACGACGGCCCCAUCAUGUGGGUCCGACCCGGGGAGCAGAUGAUCCCCAUGGCCGACAUGCCCAAGUCUCCCUUCAAAAGGAAAAGGUCCACCAACGAGAUCAAAAACCUGCAGUACCUCCCCAGAGCCAGCGAGCCCCGCGAGAUGCUGUUCGAGGACCGCACGCGGGCCCACGCCGACCACAUCGGUCAGGGCUUCGAGAGACAGACGACCGCCGCCGUCGGCGUGCUGAAGGCCGUCCGCUGCGGGGAGGAGCGCGACACCCCCGCGCGCAUCACCAAAGACGUGGUGUGCUUCCACGCCGCCGACUUUCCCGACGUGGUCAUGCGGCUGCAGCUGGACCUCCACGAGCCGCCGCUGUCUCAGUGCGUCCAGUGGAUCGACGACGCCAAGCUGAACCAGCUGCGGCGGGAGGGCAUCCGCUACGCCCGCAUCCAGCUCUACCACGACGACAUCUACUUCAUCCCCAGGGGCGUCAUCCACCAGUUCAAGACGGUGUCGGCCGUCUGCAGCCUGGCGUGGCACAUCCGGCUCAAGCAGUACCACCAGCGCGACGCCGCCGAGGAGGAAGCGGAGAGGCGCGCGCCCGGCGACGUCGCGCCGCGGAUCAAAGAGGAGGAGGAGCUCGAGGAAAAGGCGACGAAACUGGAGGAGGAGGCCGAGGAGGAGCUCCCGUCGCCGCCGUCGUCCCGCAAGGAGGAAAACGAGUCGGGGGCACUGAUGGGGGAGCCGGGGUCAGAGGUUAAAAAGGAGCAGGAGGAACAUGGUCCCGGCGAAGUCCAGGCGGAAGCCGGCGCCGACGUAAAGCCUCCGCCGGUCAGGAAGGAGAACCACAGCGAGGAGGGGAGAGACCUGAAGAACCCCAAGAAGGAGAGAGGGCGAUGGGAGAAGGAGGACAGGAGUAAAGAGGAGAAGAAGGACAAGAAUAAAGAGCGGGAGAGGAAGCAUAGAGUAAAAGAGAAGGUCAAGACAGAGGUCAUGGCGGCGAGGAAGAACAAGGACAAGGACCCCGGCGGAGGCGGAGGAAUCGGAGUCUCGGUUUUGGCUCUCAACUCCCGGCCCGAGGAGACGCGAGACGGCUGCAAACACAAACCUUGGCAAGGCAAGAAGGAGAAAAGCGGGCACCGGUCGGACGCCCCGGCGCCCAAGCCCGACGCCAAGGCCUCGCCCGACAAGCCGGCGGCUCAGCUCAGGCGGGACGGCAAGAGAGCCGAGCCCAAGAAGCCCCCCAGGACGCUCAUCACGUUCGAUCUGUUCAAGCCGAUGGACGCCCGCCAGACGGUGGCGCUCUCUUUUAAAACGCACCACCACCUCCACCAUCACGCCAACGCCAAGCCCGCCGACACGCGGACGCUGGUUCCCUUCAAAGGGAACAAAGUGAAAAGCGGGCCGGCGCUUCCGGACCCUCAAAUGCAGCAGCAGCAGCAGCAGCAGCAGCAGCAGCAGGCCCUCAAAACUCACAAAGACUUCCUUGUAUGAAUGUCACGUCCCCCCCCCCCCCCCAAACUGUCCACAACCAGUUUGGGAUUUUCGGCUUUCGAGUAACAUUUCAGGAUGAGCCGAAACCGCACUUAGAACCUUUCGCCCGUCCGGUUCAAGGUUUCAAUAGUUUCCGCGCCGCUUGCUGAAAGUGAACACUUUCACGUUUUGCGCCUUUCUGUGACUCCUCCAGUCUUUGUCGGAACCUGUUGCUGACCCGAUGAGAGACUGGAGGAGUCACAGAAAGGCCUAAAAGUGGACGUCGUGCAAGAAGUACUGACAAAUUUGGACACUUUUCAAAUCAAGUUCAGCCGUCAAGGUUUUGACGUGCGUUUUUGUCCUGAAAAGUUCUUUUUCCGGGCGACGACUUGCGCAAACGGAACGGAAACGUCAAACCGGUUUUGCGGUCAAGGUCGACGUGCGUUUCGUCCUGAAAUUUCAAUUUGAACGCAGAACAUCGGAACCUUUUUCUGACUGGUGUUGCGAGCAGGAUGCACUCCCGCAUAUUCAAACGGAGGAAGACGAAUGUCGGCUCAGUAGCUCGCCUGGCAAUCUUUUUGGUUCCCCGAAUGUACCGCCGGCGUGUGCGCCACGUGGCGUAUUAUUAUUAUUAUUAUUGUUAAUUUUUUUUUUUUUUUUAAAUAACAUCUCCCGAAGGUACGAAACCCUCUUUCGUUUUAGAACAACCACAAAGUGAAAUGGCUACACAAUAACGAGCUUCUCCUGAUUCACGUUUUCAUUUUUUGUUUUUUUUAAGAUUUGGGUUUCAAACACUCCAGAAAUGCAUUUUUUUUUUUUUUUUUUUGUCCCGACGUGACUUCCAAGCCAACACCGAUCUGUAAAUGAUACUGUAUGUACCAAAAACUGUACAGCAUAAAUAGAUAUUAGCGCCCACCUGAGGAAAUCUAUACAGAAAUUGCAUAUAUUUUUUUGUAAGAUGAGUUUUAUUUUCCAUAGAACUUAUUUAUAUCAUUUAAACUGUCUUGUUUUUAUUUGAGGCCAACAUACACAGAUGUUUUUUUUAAAAGUGUAAAUACAUUUUAUUUCCUAAGCUAAGACUUGGUAGUGUGAUUUAUACUCUGAUCAGAACCUCAAUAAAUGGUUCAAAAAUAUA